CUGGCCAGUAGCGCUCUCACUUACUCAACAAAAUUCUAGAAGUCUCUCUUAUCAUCUGAUAAAACCCAUUUUUAAACCGAAAUCUCUGCUUCUAGGGUUUUAUCUUCUAGGCUCCUCCAUUUCAGCUCAACUCUACUCUUUUCUUCCUUCUUCAAUCCCAUAAUACCAUAAUUAAAAGGUCUAGAAAUGGCUACAGCUCAGCUCACAGCAUCAUCAAUUUCAGUUACGGCUAGGAACUUGGCGUCCUUUGAAGGGCUAAGACCUUCGACAGUCAAGUUUGCGUCUUUUGGGAACUUGAAGGCAGCAGGUUUGUCCCAGCGGUCUUUUCGGGGUUUGGUUGUCAAAGCUGCUACUGUGGUUGCUCCCAAGUACACUUCGAUUAAGCCUUUGGGUGAUAGAGUGCUGGUGAAGAUCAAGGUUGCAGAGGAGAAGACUGAAGGUGGGAUUUUACUCCCAACAACUGCACAGUCAAAGCCUCAAGGAGGAGAAGUUGUUGCUGUUGGAGAGGGAAAGACAAUUGGGAAGACCAAACUGGACAUCUCUGUCAAGACUGGCGCCCAGGUCAUCUAUUCCAAGUAUGCUGGGACUGAGGUGGAGUUCAAUGGUUCACCACACCUUAUCUUGAAGGAGGAUGAUAUUGUUGGUGUACUUGAGACAGAUGAUAUCAAGGAUCUCAAGCCUUGCAAUGACCGAGUUUUCAUAAAGGUUGCUGAGGCUGAGGAGAAAACGGCUGGAGGCUUGUUGCUGACAGAGGCAAGCAAAGAGAAACCUUCAAUUGGCACAGUAAUAGCAGUUGGGCCUGGACCUCUUGAUGAGGAAGGCAACAGGAAACCUCUAUCAAUCACCCCAGGAAACACGGUUUUGUACUCCAAGUACGCAGGGAAUGACUUCAAGGGAAGUGAUGGUACCAACUACAUUGCACUGAGAGCUUCUGAUGUGAUGGCAGUGCUCUCUUAGUUGUCUGUUCUUGAUGUUUUUUGCUUUUAUCACUGAAUUUUGUGGUUGAGUUGCCUCAAGGCUUAUGGAUUAUAAAUCUAGCAUUCUAGUAUAAAUUGAUCGCUGGUUUACUGUUCUGCGGUGAA